CCGUCGGGCGCGGUGCGUCGAGUCCCACCCGCCCGCGCGGGGCGCCUGCCCUCGGGGCCGCGGGGGGCGGAGGUGGGGCUCGGCGCCCGGCGUCUGCGGCCCGCGCCGGCCUCAGGUAACCGCACCUCCCGCCCCCUCGCCGCCGCCCUAUAAGUUGCCCGGUGCGGACGCCGGGCCAUGGGGCGCGCCCGCUGUCCCCCGCGAUGGAGCCGGCCGAGGGCUCCCACCUGGACGCGCUCGCCUACCUGGAGUGCGCGCUGGGCUUGCUGGGCUCCGUGCUGCUGAAGCUGGUGCGCUCGGCCUACGGGCGCUACGCGUCUCCGCGCCCCGCCUGCCGCCUGCCGGCGCGGGCCGCCUGGGCGCUGCAGGAGCUGCCCUCGCUGGCCGUGCCGCUCUGGGUGUGCGCCCGCACGGCUGCCGAGCGCCUCCGCCACGCGCCCAACCGCGUCCUCCUGGCCAUGUUCCUCGUCCACUACGCGCAACGGUCCUUGAUUUUCCCGUUUCUCAUCCGAGGAGGAAAGCCGAUGCCCCUGUACACGUGUAUGUUGGCGUUCACGUUCUGUGUCUAUAACGGCUACUUGCAGAGCAGAUAUUUGAGUCAGUAUGCGGUGUAUGCGCAUGACUGGGUCACUGAUCCCCGAUUUCUAGUAGGUUUCUGCUUAUGGUUAAUAGGCAUGCUCAUAAACAUCCAUUCCGACCAUAUCCUGAGGAAUCUCCGGAAACCAGGGGAGACUGGAUAUAAAAUACCAAGGGGAGGCUUAUUUGAAUACGUAACAGCAGCCAACUACUUUGGGGAGGUGGUCGAGUGGUGUGGCUACGCCCUGGCCAGCUGGUCCGUUCAAGGCGGGGCCUUCGCGGCCUUUACCUUCUGUAUUUUAGUCUCCCGAGCACAGCAGCACCACCAGUGGUACCUUGAGAAAUUUGAAGAUUAUCCAAAGUUCAGGAAAAUUAUAAUCCCGUUUUUGUUGUAAAUUUGUUGUCAGUGGAUGGUCUCCGACUUGCCGCGUUUCAGUGAUGUUUCUCUAGGGAUCGUGUAAAUGAAUUGCUUUCUGUCAUUUUCCUGUUCCUUCAUCUGUUUCAAGAUUUGCUCUAGGAAUGUGUUCCUGGCAAGUGCAUAAGCUGCCUAACACCAAGCUAAUGAGACUGAAAUGCAGGCUGGAGUAGCGGGUUGCACGCCGGCUCGAGAAUCUGCAGCUCUGGGUCAUUCCCGCUGACCACUUCUCGGAUUUUGGAGUCUCCUCUUUUGGCUGCAUACAGCUAAGUGAGCACAAGACCAGGAAUACGAGCCAUUUCUGACGGCCUCCGUGGACCGAAACAUGUCACUGCCCCUGUACCUACCCAUUCCAACCAUCAGUUCAAGGCCGGAGGUGAUGUCGCCCCCUCCCCUGAUAAAGGCAGAACUGUCUCCAUGGUCCCGCUCACCCCGCUGGGUCAGCGAGGCCAGGGGGGCACCCAGAGUGGUCCCAGCCCCAGGGAAACGUCCAGGCUCUCACUGGGGUGCUGUGCAGCAGAGAACUCGGGGGCAGAGAGAGGAGACACGGGACCAGCUGAGGCCUGGACAAGAGGCCUCCGGCACCUGCGGCACCCUGGCUCCCCGGGUGACUAGACUACAGGGCAGGGGGCUGUGUGCACUCAUGUGAGGGGUAAGGCGCUCUGUCCCCCACUGAGAGGACUUCUUGGAGGCCCUGGUGGGAGCAGGGAGCCCCCUUGUGCUGAUCACCACAGGCACCAGCAGUCUCUGGUUUAAGAUGAUUUUUCUUCCUUCCAGGUAGAACUAGCAAGUUUUAAAGCACUUUUUUCUCAGUACCCUCAGUAUCCCAAAACAGUGUCUUGAAACAGAAUGUCUUACUCUAGAUGCCCUUGAGAGGUCCGCGGAGGUAAAUCAUAGGAAUAAAAUGGACCACAUACUGCCUGAUAUGUAAAAGAUAGCUCAGAAGGCUGAGAAUUUGUAAAAGAAAUCUAACAGAAGGCUACUAAAUCUCUGGGCCGCUCUGUGAAGCUCUGAUGGGACCGGUGGCGGAGGUCCCCUCCUGGCUGUGGCGGCAGUGCCUCAGUGGCCACCGCGUCUGUGGAGCCAGAAUCUGCAGGAGCAGGGGAGGAAGGAGGAGACUGUUCACGCUGAUCUGCUGACCUGCUAGGUGGGUGGCUGGGGGCAUCCAGAGCAUGUGCGGCCCCAGAGCCCCCCAUGGGCUCCCCGACCCCUCUCCUGGCUGACCUUCGCAGCCACGGUCUCGCCCCUCUCGAGGUUUUAUGUAGGAGCCAUGUUCUCGGUGUUAGUGAUUUGUGGAGUUUUCGUUUGAUUUCAGAAUUACGCAGCCAACGUCUCCGAUGGAGCUAUGCUUCAUUGUAACUGGGGACAGACGUUUUUGAAGAGAAAUUUUGGUAUUCAAUGCACUUCGUUCCUUUUUCUGAGCCUUUUCCAAUUACUUGAGAACACGAAGCAAUAAAUAUUUUGGAUCUCCUCGGGAAAACUCAAAAGUCCAAGCAAGUCACGAUGGAUUUGGGCUGCUGUGCUCUGGAAGGCGCACGUGGCCGGGAGAAGGAUGCUAGUCUGAGAGCCGGAGAAGCUCGCUGUGAUGUUUUUCUCCUUUUGUGAACGGCCCGAGCGAAGGAAUGCUUGGGUUGACUCAGGCUUUGAUGUGUGGUUCAUGCUUUCACCCGCCCGCACUGGGUGGACGAUUGAUAGGAACAAAUCUUCCAUCUUGUCUCUCCGCCCUCCAUCCAUUUCCUAAAAACUGCCACUUAGCAAAUUGUCAUCAAUUACUGUGUUAAUCAUAACAAGGAGAUUAAUAAAAUUACUUCAAGCCCA